AUGGAAUUGGCUGUACAUCCAUUUCCAUUUCAUUCUCUAUAUCCCGUUCAUAUCUAUCUACCUAUCUAUCAAAGUCUGUUUCUAUCUAAGUCUCUUCAUAUCUAUCUAUCUAUCUCUCUAUCUAUCUAUGUUUAUAUCUAUCAAUGUCUGUUCAUAUCUAUGUAUCAAAGUCUGUUCAUAUCUAUCUAUCUAUCUAUCUAUCUAUCUAUCUAUCUAUCUUUUUAUCUAUCUAUCUAUCUAUCUUCAUAUCUAUCUAUCUGUUCUAUCUAUCUAUCUAUCUAUCUAUCAAUCUGUUCAAAUUCUUUCUAUCUAUCUAUCUAUCUAUCAAAUCUUUCAUAUCUAUCUAUCUAUCUAUCUAAGUCUGUUCAUAUCUAUCUAUCAAAAGUCUGUUUCAUAUCUAUCCAUCAAAUCUAUCUAUCUAUCUAUCUAUCUAUCUAUCUAUCUAAGUCUGUUCAUAUCUAUUCAUCUAUCUAUCUAUCUAUCUAUCUAUUUAUCUAUCUAUCAAUCAAAGUCUGUUCAUAUCUAUCCAUCUAUCAAAGUCUGUUCAUAUCUAUGUAUCCAAAUCUGUUCAUAUCUAAGUCUGUUCUUAUCUAUCUAUCUAUCUAUCUAUCUAUCUAUCUAUCUAUCUAUCUAAGUCUGUUCAUAUCUAUCUAUCUAUCUAUCUAUCUAUCUAUCUAUCUAAGUCUGUUUAUAUCUAUCUAUCAAUCAAAGUCUGUUCAUAUCUAUCUAUCUAUCUAUCUAUCUAUCUAUCUAUCAAAUCCUGUCAUGAAAUGUUUGAAGUAUAAAACGAACCACACCAUUGACAAACCUUCUAUCUCUCUCUCUCUCUCCCUCUCUCUCUCUCUCGUAGACACAAAAACACACAUAGUCUGCUCAUAUCUAUCUAUCCAUUGCUGUCUUUUCAUAUCUAUCUAUCUACCUAUUUAUCUUUCUAUCUAUUGCUGUCUUCUCAUAUCUAUCUAUCUAUCUAUCUAUCUAUCUAUCUAUCUAUCCUCAUCUAUCUUAUCUAUCUAUCUAUCUAUCUAUCUAUCUAUCUAUUGCUGCCUUCUCAUAUCUAUCUAUCUAUCUAUUGCUGUCUUCUCAUAUCUAUCUAUCUACCUAUUUAUCUUUCUAUCUAUUGCUGUCUUCUCAUAUCUAUCUAUCUAUCUAUCUAUCUAUCUAUCUAUCUAUCUAUUGCUGUCUUCUCAUAUCUAUCAAUCUAUCUUUCUAUCUAUCUAUUGCUGUCUUCUCAUAUCUAUCUAUCUAUCUAUCUAUCUAUCUAUCUAUUGCUGUCUUCUCAUAUCUAUCUAUCUAUCUAUCUAUCUAUCUAUCUAUCUAUCUAUCUAUCUAUCUAUCUAUCUAUUAUCUAUUUAUUCUAUCUAUAUUUAUCAAGGUCUAUUCAUCUAUCUAUCUAUCUAUCUAUUUUCAUCUAUCUAUUCAUACUUAUCUAUCUAUCUAUUUUCAAGGUCUAUUCAUAUCUAUCUAUCUAUCUAUUUUCAAGGUCUAUUCUAUUCAUAUCUAUCUAUCUAUCUAUCUAUUUUUCAUACUAUCUAUUCAUAUCUAUCUAUCUAG